UCUUUCUUUCUUUCUUUCUUUUUUUUGCAGAAUUCUCUAUUGACCUGGGCCAUCUCGCCCCGAGUGCUGACACAGACUUUUGCACCCUGCGCAUGCAAACCCAACGAUCUUCUACACGGUGCUGCGUGUAGCUCCUGCUUGGGUUGAAUUGAAUCCUCAGCCCCUUUGCUGGGGCCUAAGUGGACAGACAGGAUGUCGCAGUGGUAUGAGCUUCAGCAGCUUGACUCCAAAUUCCUGGAGCAGGUUCACCAGCUCUAUGAUGACAGUUUUCCCAUGGAGAUCAGACAGUACCUUGCACAGUGGCUAGAAAAGCAAGAUUGGGAGCACGCCGCCAAUGACGUCUCAUUUGCCACCAUCCGUUUUCAUGACCUCUUAUCACAGCUGGACGAUCAGUACAGCCGUUUUUCCUUGGAAAAUAACUUCUUGUUGCAACACAACAUACGGAAAAGCAAACGUAAUCUUCAGGAUAAUUUUCAGGAGGACCCAAUACUGAUGUCUAUGAUCAUCUGUAACUGCCUGAAGGAAGAGAGGAAGAUUCUGGAAAAUGCCCAGAGAUUUAAUCAGGCUCAGUCCGGAAACAUUCAGAACACGGUGAUGUUAGACAAGCAGAAAGAACUGGACUGCAAAGUCAGGAAUGUGAAAGAAAAAGUCAUGUGUAUAGAACAGGAAAUCAAGACCCUUGAAGAUCUGCAAGAUGAAUUUGACUUUAAGUGCAAAACCUUGCAGAACAGAGAAUUGGAAACCAAUGGUGUAGCAAAGAAUGACCAGAAAGAAGAACAGAUGCUGAAACAGAAGAUGUAUUUAAUGCUUGACAGCAAAAGAAAGGAAGUAGUUCACAAAAUAAUAGACCUGCUGAAUGCCACGGAGCUGACCCAGAAUGCCCUGAUCAACGAUGAGCUGGUGGAGUGGAAGCGGAGACAGCAGAGCGCCUGCAUUGGAGGCCCUCCCAACGCCUGCCUCGACCAGCUGCAGUACUGGUUCACCACGGUUGCAGAGAGUCUGCAGCAGGUCCGACAGCAGCUGAAGAAGCUCGAGGAGCUGGAGCAGAAAUACACCUUCGAGCAGGACCCCAUCACCAAGAACAAGCAGGUGUUAUGGGAGCGGACCGUCAGCCUCUUCCAGCAGCUCAUUCAGAGUUCUUUCGUCGUGGAAAGACAGCCCUGCAUGCCGACCCAUCCUCAGAGGCCCUUAGUCUUGAAGACUGGGGUGCAGUUCACGGUGAAGUUAAGACUGUUGGUGAAGUUGCAAGAACUGAACUAUAACUUGAAAGUCAAAGUUCUGUUUGAUAAAGAUGUGAAUGAGAGAAAUACCGUUAAAGGGUUUAGAAAGUUCAACAUCUUGGGCACAAAUACGAAAGUGAUGAACAUGGAAGAGUCCACCAAUGGAAGUCUGGCUGCAGAAUUCCGACACCUGCAACUGAAAGAACAGAAAAAUGCCGGCACCAGAACGAAUGAGGGGCCGCUCAUUGUCACUGAAGAGCUUCAUUCCCUUAGUUUUGAAACCCAGUUGUGCCAGCCUGGUUUGGUUGUUGACCUUGAGACGACCUCCUUGCCUGUGGUGGUGAUCUCCAACGUCAGCCAGCUCCCCAGUGGCUGGGCAUCCAUCCUGUGGUACAACAUGCUGGUGGCAGAACCCAGGAAUCUCUCCUUCUUCCUAAGCCCGCCAUGUGCAAGGUGGGCUCAGCUGUCAGAGGUCCUGAGUUGGCAGUUUUCGUCAGUUACCAAGAGAGGGCUGAACGGGGACCAGCUGAGCAUGCUCGGAGAGAAACUUCUUGGUCUGAAUGCUGGCCCCGACGGUCUGAUUCCAUGGACGAGGUUCUGUAAGGAGAAUAUAAACGAUAAAAACUUCUCUUUCUGGCUUUGGAUCGAAAGCAUCCUUGAACUCAUUAAGAAACACCUGCUGUCUCUCUGGAAUGAUGGGUGCAUUGUGGGCUUUAUCAGCAAGGAGCGGGAGCGGGCGCUGCUCAAGGACCAGCAGCCGGGCACCUUCCUGCUGCGCUUCAGCGAGAGCUGCCGAGAAGGGGCCAUCACGUUCACGUGGGUGGAACGCUCCCAGAAUGGAGGGGAACCUCAGUUCCAUGCAGUUGAACCCUACACCAAGAAAGAGCUUUCUGCUGUCACGUUUCCUGAUAUUAUUCGCAAUUAUAAGGUCAUGGCUGCAGAAAAUAUUCCGGAGAACCCUCUGAAGUUUCUGUAUCCAAAUAUAGACAAGGAUCAUGCCUUUGGAAAGUACUACUCCAGACCAAAGGAAGCGCCUGAGCCCAUGGAACUCGACGGCCCUCGAGGAACGGGAUACAUCAAGACUGAACUGAUAUCUGUGUCUGAAGUUCACCCUUCUCGACUCCAGACCACAGACAACCUUCUCCCCAUGUCUCCUGAGGAGUUUGACGAGGUUUCCCGGAUAGUGGGCACGGUAGAAUUUGACAUGAUGAACACAGUGUAGGCCACGAACUUUUCUCAUCUUCUCUGGCGACAUUUUCCUCUCCAUCGGUGACUUCCUCCUGCUACUCUUGUUCCUUCACGUCCUGUGUUUCUAGGGAAAUGAAGACCGACACAUUCUCUGCAGCCUGUGUUAGCAAGCGGACUUUUCCCUAAUUCAGAAACGUGUUACUCUGAGGGGCUCCCUGCGUCUUAUUAAAGGUAAAAAAAAAAGUGAAACCGAAAGGGCCUUUCCACAGAGUGGGUUUUGCAAAGGGAAAAAACAUCGCUUAUACCCAGAACAUCACAACUAGAGUAAGAACCCAGUGGGAAAAGUCAUGUUUAGUAGCUCCUAGCAAACACUGUGCCUGAUGUCAGUGUCCAGCUGCUGUCGAUGGCUAGUUAGGUGGGUCACACGGCUAAUGUAGGAUUUUGUGGGUGCAGGAACCCCACUUGUCUGUUAUGGAGAAUUCUUGAUUAUUAUCUCCGCUUUAAGCAUACUUGCAAGUUUUCCAUUGGUUUACCUUUAAGAUAAUUCAAAGAUAAGCUUAUAGGCAAUCGCUUCUACCCUUCACCCAAGAUAGCCACCCUGUUGUGGUCCAGGAGGUGGCACAGGGGCUAAGGCACUGGGCUCUCCAGCAUGAGGUCCUGAGUUCAGUCCCCAGCAGCACAUGUACUGUGAGGUCUGGUUCUUUCUCUCUUUAACUAUCUUCAUGAAUAAAUACAUUUUAAAAAAAAAAAAGCCAUCCUGCAUCUUAGCAGGGGAUACAAGUUUCAUUAUUAUUAUUUUUAACAUCUUCCACAGAGUGUGGGGGAAAAAGACAUUUAUCUUUCUUGGGAGAGUUCACUUUUCUGUGUGUUCUGCUAUGACACUGGCCCAUUUUAAAGGAAGAAACUUCAUUUUUCUAAUUCACAAGUAGUGUUUUCGGCUUAAACUUGAAUACUCAAAGUGAGGUGUCAGCGACCCUGGUCAUUCCUAAAGGCAGCUCCCUUCUGUCAGUUCCUCGUAGUCACUGUCACCUGAGAGAGCUUCUCAAGAAGCUGACUGUGAUCCUAAGUGUCCACAGACUCCGAGAUUGAAUGUUUCUUCGUGUUGAUUGUGUCUGUACUGUUAUUCUCGUUGCUAUUCGGUCUAGCAGUAAUGCAGUUUUCAAACUGAGAAGGAAAACGAGUUAACGGGCAAAUCAGUAACCAGAAAUGACACGAGAAUCAAGGACUUUGAAAAGUCCUCCUGAGGGUGCAUCGAGAAUCACCGUCUUUUCAAUCAUCGGCGUUUGUCUGGCAAAUACAUUUGCAGAUGGCUCCA